AUGUUCCUUCUUUUUUUCCUUUCACAUUCCUCUCUACCUAUCCCUCUUUGGUGGCCUACUACUUCUUUCUCUACCUUACUCCACUCUAUCUAUCCUGUUUUGUUACCUUCUUCUUCCUCUUUCUUCUUUACCUUCCUCCUCUUCCUCUUUCUUUUCUAUUUUCCUCUCUAUUUUUACCUUCCUCCUCUUUCUUUUCUAUUUCCUCUCUACUUUUACCUUCCUCCUCUUCCUCUUUCUUUUCUAUUUUCCUCUCUAUUUUUACCUUCCUCCUCUUUCUUUUCUAUUUUCCUCUCUAUUUUUACCUUCCUCCUCUUCCUCUUUCUUUUCUAUUUCCUCUCUACUUUUACCUUCCUCCUCUUCCUCUUUCUUUUCUAUUUUCCUCUCUAUCAUUACCUUCCUCCUCUUUCUCUUUCUUUUCUAUUUUCCUCUCUAUUGUUACCUUCCCUCCUCUUCCUCCUUCUCAUUCUUCUCUAUGUAUUCCAAUUUGUGCCCAUCCCUUCUUCCUCUUUUUUUACAUGCUUUUUUUUUUUAGAAAACUCUCUUUUUUGUUUUUUGUGGCGGAACGCAAGAAAAGGCGAUGAAGAGCGGGUGGAUCGCGAGGUCGACGCUGGGGUGGAAGCGGGUAUGAAAGCAGGUAGUAUUUUGCUAAAAUUCCCUUCCCAGUUUCUUUCCCUCACAUCCCCAACCUUUCACACGCAUGCGCUUAGUCUGAUCUUUCUUGUCAGUCACUUCGUGUACGCCUAUUUGUCAAUCUGUCCGUAUCUGCCGAGUAAUCUAUCCAGUCUCCUUGUAUCUGCCUUUAUGUAUGUUAGUCUAUCCAUACCUGCUCCAUAUCUGUCAUUCUAUCCCUAUUUGCCUUCCAUCUGUCAUUCUGUCCCUAUUUGCCUUCCAUCUGUCAUUCUGUCCCUAUUUGCCUUCCAUCUGCCAUUCUGUUCCUAUUUGCCUUCCAUCUGCCAUUCUGUCCCUAUUUGCCUUCCAUCUGCCAUUCUCUCCCUAUUUGCCUUCCAUCUGUCAUUCUAUCCCUAUUUGCCUUCCAUCUGCCAUUCUCUCCCUAUUUGCCUUCCAUCUGUCAUUCUAUCCCUAUUUGCCUUCCAUCUGUCAUUCUAUCCCUAUUUGCCUUCCAUCUGCCAUUCUCUUCCUAUUUACCUUCCAUCUGCCAUUCUGUUCCUAUUUGCCUUCCAUCUGCCAUUCUGUUCCCUAUUUGCCUUCCAUCUGCCAUUUCUAAAUUAUUUGCCUUUCAUCUGCCAUUCUCUCCCUAUUUGCCUUCCAUCUGUCAUUCUAUCCCUAUUUGCCUUCCAUCUGUCAUUCUGUCCCUAUUUGCCUUCUAUCUGUCAUUCUGUGCCUAUUUGCCUUCUAUCUGUCAUUCUGUGCCUAUUUGCCUCCCAUCCGUCAUUCUGCCCCUAUUCCCCCCACAUCUGUCAUUCUGUCCCUUUGCACUCCUAUCUGUCAUUAUGUCCGUAUCUGCUUCCCUAUCUGUCAUUCUGUGGGUACUUUGCCACCCUAUCCCUCAAUCUGUAUAUGCUUCCCUAUCUGUCAAUCUGUCUGUGUCUGUCCCUAUAUAUCCUGUCUCUUCGUAUUUGCCUCUCUAUCUGUCAGUCUCUUCGUAUCCGCCUCCCUCCUUCUGUCCGUAUCCGUCUCUCUAUAGCCUUGCCAAUCGACUUAAAUCUAUGUGUUUCGCUUUCUCUGUCCAUCUCUCCCACCGCCACCACCCCAUCUACCACUUUGCCUAAUCACCGUAAAAAAAACAAAUCAAUCCUCACACUUCCCCCAUUUUCCUCUUUCUUUCCCUCUUCCAUUUCUUUUCCGCUUUACUUCUCUUCCCUUCCUUUUUUUCUAUCUCUUUCCUUCCUUCUUAUUCAUCUCUUUCCCUCUUUAUCCUUCUUUUCUUCAUUUCAUCCUCAUCUUCUAUUUCUCUAUUCAUUAUUUCUCCGUCUUUCUUUUUUCCUCCCCAUCUAA